AUGUUAGUCUGCGGUGUGCUUUCGGCAAAGCAGAUGGAGGAGGAAGUGAAUGUCAACCAGACAGGGAGCGCUCGCUUUGGCCUUUCACUUUCGGCCCUGAUGGUGUUCAGUCGAAUCGAAGAACUCGAUGCGCUUCCGUCUAUCAUUGGAAGUGUUUCUGCGUCAACUUAUGUCGUCGUUGACAGCGCUGCUGCAAUAAAGAGAGAUAUCAAUCGCAAGUUUGGUCGUCAUGAGAAACAUUUCGUUCUUGUACCGUAUCACGAAGAGCUUACAUGCGAGCUGGACGCUCGAUUCGAUCAUAUAAAGCAUGGUCUCAUAACGGCCGUGCUCGUGAAUGAACAACGGCCUGGUCUGAGAAACUUCGUGUUUGCAUUAAAAACAUUCUUAUCCAUCUACGGCUUUCGCUUCUCGAAAGAAGAACAUGUUCAGCUGAUCCAGCUGUUUUAUCUUAUAUUAGUAAGAAAAGAUCAGUGGCCUGAUAUAGUAAAUUAUGCAGCUAAAACCCUUGAAGACCUAGUCAACAGAUCAUAUUUCAAUUAUGACGACAUCACACUGGAUUGGGAGCCCUUGUACAACUUAUACUACGACGCAAAUUACGGCAAACUAGAGGAAAUUGAUGGGAAAAACCUGCGUAACGCCGUUUUUCGGUUGAAGAGAUUCUACCGUCCUUCAGAAACUCCGAAAAUUUGGGACAAGAUCCAAGUUCAUCUUUCUCCUCGUUACUCCACUAAAGAGUUUUGCGAUUUGGCAUUGUUAUUCCUGCCAAUCAGAAUGACCACUGAGGAACACAAAAAAUUUGGUGCUGGACUCUGGUUUGAAACCGUGUGGAAAAUGUAUGAAGUCGUUGAAAUGGGGAAUAAAUGGGGUGAAGAGUUACCAAAUUUAUUUGCAACACUUGCUUACACUAACCCCGACUUCAUGGAUUGGUCACCACUGUAUGACGUGCUUUUCACACGAGCCAUUCGUGCAAUGGGUCUCAGCAUCCGCGAGAGUAAAGUUAUCGUAGGAGAUGCUGGUAGUGCUCUAAGCUUAGGUGGAAUAGCUCGAAUGAUAGUAGCAACGUUGGGCGGACCAUAUGGAUGCCAACGACAUCUGGAGAGAAUGAUGCAGUUGGUUGAACCUUUCAUGCAUCCAUCAAAUGAGAGCAGCCACACAUUACUCGUACUAGUCUUUCUUCAAAAUGUCCUUCAAGAGACCGUAAACCGGUAUAGAGAAGAGAGAACGAAAUCCCAUAAAAGGAAGGUUCCGAAGGAGUUCUACCUAACCGACUCCGACAUUGAAAAAUUCACUGAUGCCAUUUUGCAAUCACUAUUGUACUCUCUUUACACUAAGGAUGCAACAACGACUAAGGCCCCUGCAAGACUGGUAAUGAUAUUAGGAUCAUUGUGCCCCGGUCGUGUGUUCCCGAGAUUCUUUGAGCACGCAUACCCUGCGAUUUUCGCUGUGGACGAGCCACAUCGCCUUACGCAAACCUUGGAUUGCCUUUUUGAAGUCGUUUUUCUGAUUGCACGUGACAGCAAUCCUGAAAUAAAGAGACUCAAAAUGGAGAAAGAUUGGGUCAGAGAGAUGGAAGAGCAGCGUUCGCCAACUUCGCCUAUCGCACAGUACUCUCUGGAGAAACUAAGUGAAUCUAUGCCAUUCGACAUCGAGACCCGACUCACAAGCUUUAGAUGUCAUAUAUUCUACUUCUUAGAGAUGCUUAUCGAAGGCAUCGACAUCAAUGACGUCGCGAAGGCGAACAUAGCCAUACAUAAUCUCACUCUAAUAUUCUUCAUAGUUCCAAUUCUCGAUUAUUCUGGCUGCAUCGACUAUCACGAUGACUUGACAGAUGAAGAAAAGGCGUUGUGUAAAAUAUCGGUGCGGCUACCAGUCCUAGCAGAAAUGGCUCUCGACAAGAUGCUUGGAAUAGUUGAAUCACUUGCGGUAACUGCUCCGAAAGAUUCAUCAUCAGUAAUUGGCAGCUUUUGUGAUGCUGCAACAACAAAGGAAGGAAGUGAAGAGAAAAUCCUCAAGAAAGCUAUUGACCGCUGUGUGGCAGCGAUUUUCAAGAAUGCCAAUGAUGUGAUUACAGCGAAGCUCGGACGGAAAGUGUUGGAUUUUGUAAGAACAAAUCAAUUCGAAUGUUCGCUUGCAACCGAUAUGAUUGCGUCUAUGGUGGCUUUCAUGACUUAUGAAUUACCUUCCUUCUGGGUGCUCUUCGCAGAGCAUGUACUUCAUAAACUGAAAAUCGUUCUUACACCGGAAAUGCGGAAUGCUCAAGAACUCGAUGCCUCUGCCUCGUGGUUUGUGUCACUAGCGGCAUCGUUGCUUGGAACGACCAGUGAGAACUACAUACAACACAAACAAAUCUGCUUCGAAAUGAUUGAUUUGCUGGUGAACUGCAGAAGCAAAGUGGCAUACAAUAGUGGAGCACUUGGACUGUUUAAUAGCUUGUACACUUUGUCUCGAACAUAUCCCGAGAAUACCUACCGCAGGAACAAAGAUUUAAGCAGGCCUCUAAAAGAAUGGGUGCCUAUAAGGGAGUGGGGACGUUUGUACAAACUAGAAGAUGUAAAAAUGGCAUGGAAUGUCCCAAGCGAAAAGUGCAGAGCUGUUAUGGAGGAGAUCCUGAGAAAGUUCUUGUUCCCUGUAAUGGACCUGAUUAAACAUGUUCAUGUAGACAGGGAAACACUCAAAAAAUCAUUCACUAUAAUGAGUUCGAUUCUCACUGGUGGUGGCACAUGCUUCUCUCUGCCGCCGUCUCCAUUAGUGGCGUGCCCUAUAUCAGCAUUACCGUGGUUUAAUGCGAACAUCCCAAACACUGCGGUAUUCACGUCCGAAAUUCGUCAUCCAUCUGGUAAAAACAUUCGCGAGAUGCUGACAGACCUGAUAGAAAAGAUAAUCAACCGAUCCGAAACAUCAAAGCAUGACCUUAGUCAGGUGUUGGUCACUAUUUGUUCAAUGCUUCAUUAUCUCAUACACAUUAACUACAUUGAUUCAAGUGAACUUCUGUCAGCAACUGAGACUCAAACGGAAAUAUUCACAUAUAUGACAGAUCCGGUGAACAAAAGCUAUCCAAUUUACGUUUUAGAAUCAAUGGCCUACGUAUGUCACAUGAAACAUGCAACAGUAACUUCAACACUUCUCAGUAAUUUCCAUUUGCGAGUUAUCCGUCUAUUGAUUCGAUUAUCUCUGAACGAUUAUGCUGAGGUACGAAUGACUGCACAAACUGAGUUACAUCUUGUUUUUGCUGAAUACACGGUGGCAAGGGAAGCAGUAAUCGAUGACUUCAUCCAUUUGUUGGUAAAUGAUAAGGCAAGUAAGGAGAAAGUUAAGGGAGCUCUUGAUGUUAUUUCAAAGUCGAAACUGGCAACAAAUUCUAGCGUACCAGCCAGGAUAAAAAUAUGGCGUUCGUUGUUAGAAAUGAAGUCCUUGGAUGUUCGAGGUAUUCUUGACGUUUACGAAGGAAUCUCAAAGCAAAUUGGGAGCAUGCAGAAGCCAAUGAUGAAACACUACUCAUGCAAGAAUUUGACAGCUUUCUGUGAGACAAUGUUCACAAAGCUGCAGAAGGCCGGUGAAUGGUCGAAGUUCAACUGUGAGAACUCGUUGGAAAUGACUAGGAAUAUGCAGAAACAAAAAAGAAUUGAGAGCAAGAAAGAGCGGGAAGAGUUGGUAGCAAUGUUACUUGAGCAUAUGUCCAGCAAAGACUUGACACAUUCACGCAUGAAACUUUGCCGGACAAUGCUAUGGCGCUGUCAGAUGGAAAAAUCUGGAAUAGAAACUAUAAAAAUCUUAUUGUCAAAAAUUGCUGAUGAAGAGAAACACUUUCGCGAUCAAAGUGCCGAGGAAUUGUGUUAUUGGCUAAAGGCCCACAAACCACGCACUAUUCGCAUGAAGUGGCCUUGUCCUAAGAAGCAGAAAGAUGAUGUUCCUUUAAAAUGCGGGAUUCGACCUGACAAUUUAUGCUUGGUGUACGAUUCGAAGCAUCUUCCCAAAACAGAAGAGAAGUGGAACACCACCGUCUUCGUUUCGAAGCAAUAUGGUUGCUACAAAUGGCCGCCGUUCAUCAGCGUGGUUGUUUUUGCCAAGCGACCGCAGUUGAAUCGAACAAAGCUUAGUGACUGCGAAAAGGCGAUCGUAGAAGCUUUCGAAAAUGCUGAGAUGUACAAGAAAUGGAUCAGUUUGCUUUUAAUCGAGAAGAGGGACUUGCCGGAAGUCAGCGAAAGUACUGUGUGGAUUGUGAAGUACCUUCUUCGCAACUUCCCAGACAGCACAAUAAUCUAUAAACAAAUUACCAGAACUCUUAUGGAACUACUGAAGAGCCGUAAGAGAGCUGAACAAAGACUCGCUGCUGAAUUUUUUGCGGGUGUAGCUAUGGGGACGAAAUAUCGUGGCUUCAAAGAACUUAACGAGUUGUGGACGUGGUUGGCACCAGCAGUGGAUCUUAUGUACGACUUCUUGAAUGCUGAUGCACAUUUUGCUUGGCAUGCCUGUCUUACGACGGUUCUUCACAGAAACGACUCUAGAAGGUAUUGGUGGCUCAUAGAGCAGUUGCUGAAAGGUAUGGCUCGUCCUGCACCGACGGCAUGGCAUCAAGCAGUGAGAUCAGUGAGCCUACCAGCAACCUCUUGGAGAGAAACGGAAACAUGUAGAAGAAUCUGUGAGAUCGCCUGGAGAAAUCUGCCUAAAGCUCGGAUAGAAACACAACGCAUUGGAAUCUCAAACGCAUUCAAAAAUAUAUCUGCAAUCCUUGAUGCAAAUAUGAACAACAACUUCAAAGGAUUACCAAAGAGAUUUCAAAUUGAAAGUAUCGAUUUUUGGCUGCAACGUUUCGAAGGGAAUCUUGGCGAAACUGCUAGUAACAAAUCUGGAGCAGCAAGCGCACAGACGUCCGAAACAAAAGUGAACGUCCAGGGAUUAGAGUCCAAGAAUAUCUCAAUGAGUGAAGUUGCUCAAAAAUUGGCCAAAGCAAGUGCGCCAAUUACUCCCCCUGUGGAUGUGGCUCAAAUCUAUCUUCGAACUCUCUUGGAAUUCCUUCUGCAGUACUAUGAAGAUGGCAUGACCUGUCUUACUUCUGGUAUUAUCUCUCUACUUCCUGUACUCUUGGAGUAUGCUAACGAGGAGGAUGCUCAGGUGGUGGGAUCAUAUAAGGACAUGGAUAUAAAAUACAGUGCAAGUCUUCUUAUCCACGAUCACAUGUCAAAUUUACUAUUGACAUCAAAAUUCGCUGAUUUGUUCCUCAACACUGUUCUCCAGUCAUACUACACAUCAUAUGUAUGGCGAGUGAAAGUGUCUGUGUUGAAAUUCGUCCAAGUGCUAGUUUUCUCCAACGUCUACGAGCUGGAACGAGGCGAUCGUGCCCACAAGGUUGCCAGGCUGCUCUUUGACGCAGUCGUUGACCGCCAGAUGGAAGUUCGCACGGAAGCAUCUCGAUGCAUGCUCACCCUUAUCCUCUGCAACUACAUAAAAGUCGACAAAGAACUCACUAAUUAUCUGGAUGAAAUGAUGAAAAGCAAAAAUAUCUCAACAUUACACGGUGCAAUAGUUGGAAUGGGAGCAGUGGUCAGGGCCCAUCCAUAUUCGACUCCACCAGAGGUCAAGCCUAUUCUGAAGGCUCUAUGUGGAGUCACAAGCCAUAAUGCAGAACUUCAGAAUGCCGCUACAUCCGCACUGCGUGAAUUUCGACGUACGCAUCGUGAGAAUUGGGAAAAGACAGCCAAGAUUCUAGGCUCUGAACUCGUGUACAAAAUUGAAAACGCAAUUGCACCUGUAUAUUAUGCAUGA